AUGAAAGGAGUCAAUUCUGUAAUAAGAAACUUGAUGCUUUACUUGCUCGCUAUGGAGUAUACCAUCGCACUACUUUACCUUAUCACCCUCAAUCGAAUGGUCAAUGCUAAAAUUUCAACCAGGGAGGUGAAAAGUAUUCUUGAAAAGAUAGUGGAUAGCUCCAGGAAGAAUUGGUCCAAGAAACUAGAUGAUGCACUUUGGGCCUAUAGGAUGGCAUUCAAAACUCCAAUUGGAAUGUCGCCUUAUAGGCUGGUCUUUGGAAAAGUGUAUUACCUGACAGUUGAGUUAGAACAUCGGGCUUAUUGGGCAAUGAAGAAGCUGAAUUUUGAUGAGAAAAUUGUUGGACAGAAUAGGCUACUCCAACUAAUUGAGCUUGAUGAGUUUCGUAGUGAAGCCUAUGAGAAUGCCAAGAUCUACAAGGAACGCACCAAGGCAUGGCACGACAAGAACUUGAUCAAAAAAGAGUUCCAACCCAGGCAGCAGGUAUUUCUCUUUAAUUCAAGGUUGAGACUCUUUCUCGCCAAGUUAAAAUUGAGGUGGUCUGGUCCCUAUAUCGUGGUGAAGGUAUUCCCAUAUGGCUCUGUUGAAGUGCUAGGCAAGAAUGGUUCGUCAUUUAAAGUAAAUGGUCAAUAG